ACAGACAGCACUUGUCCUCAGUCGUUUGCCGCACACCGAAUCUACUCAUUAUAUUAUCGAUAACUCUUGCGAGCCCCGGAAAAAUUAUUUAUUAAAAAAAACUUUCUAUUGUCCCGAUCCUGACUGUUUUUUGUGGGCGUACGUGAUCCUUUGAAACAUACGCACUCGUUAGACUUAUUCAAAAUACCGUAACCACCUCUAGUUUUCACAUAUCGAUUGUUUUAUAAACGUAAAACUCAUUAAGUAUUUUUAAUUGUCGUUAAUAUCGUCUAGUUCGCGUGAAUUUGUGAUUAUUGUGUUGUGUAUUUGUGUGUUAUUAACAAUCACCCGAAUAUUUAUAAAAUAUGCGACUGCCGACUACCAUACAACACUGGAUAACGUUCUCCUUAAGAGUUUUUCACGUUAAGAUGUUAACAAUCAUGUGACCAAUACAAUGCGACACACUGAAGUAGUGGGCUUGUGGCGUCCAUCGGAUACGCCACCAUCAAAGACACGCAUGUCUCGGACCACCGAACAGAGUUCAUCACAUACGUCACAAGCUCACAAGUUUGUUAUUAAGUCAACGGCAAUGAUCCGACAAUCUAGUCUUACCAGGUUCAUCGUUAAUAAAAAAAACAACAUAGGAAACGGUGAGAUACAAUGGUGUUUCUCACAAGUUAAAGGCACGUUGGAAGACGAUGUUACCGAAGCUGAUUUAAUAUCCUGUGUGGAAUUCAACCAUGAUGGUGAAUUAUUAGCAACAGGUGACAAAGGUGGAAGAGUUGUCAUUUUUCAACGAGAUCCAAUUAGUAAAACAUGUAUUCCUAGAAGAGGGGAUUACAAUGUUUAUAGUACGUUCCAAAGUCAUGAACCUGAAUUUGAUUAUCUUAAAAGCUUAGAAAUAGAAGAAAAAAUUAAUAAAAUUAGGUGGCUCAGGCGUAAAAAUCAAGCUCAUUUUUUACUAUCUACUAAUGACAAAACAAUAAAACUAUGGAAAGUGUCAGAAAAAGACAAAAAAAUUGAAGGUUAUAAUACUAAAGAAGAUACUGGCAUUAUGCGAGAUCCUAUGAAUAUAACAUCGUUGAGGGUACCAGUAUUAAAAACAAUGGAACUCAUGGUAGAAGCUUCUCCUAGAAGAGUUUUCGCUAAUGCUCAUACUUAUCAUAUUAAUUCUAUUAGUGUUAACUCUGAUCAAGAAACAUACCUAUCAGCUGAUGAUCUACGAAUAAAUUUGUGGAAUUUAGAAAUUACUGAUCAAAGUUUCAAUAUUGUUGAUAUCAAACCGACUAACAUGGAAGAACUUACUGAAGUUAUAACUGCAGCUGAAUUUCAUCCUCUUGAAUGCAAUUUAUUUGUGUAUAGUAGUAGCAAAGGUACUAUUCGACUCUGUGAUAUGCGAUCUUCAGCAUUAUGUGAUAAACAUGCCAAAUUAUUUGAAGAACAAGAAGAUCCUACAACAAGAAGUUUUUUCUCUGAAAUUAUAUCAAGUAUAUCAGAUGUUAAGAUAUCAAAUUCUGGUCGUUAUAUGAUGUCUAGAGAUUAUAUGACUGUUAAAGUUUGGGAUUUACAUAUGGAAACCAAACCAAUUGAGACAUAUCCAGUACAUGAAUAUUUGAGGCCAAAACUUUGUUCGUUAUAUGAAAACGAUUGUAUUUUUGAUAAGUUUGAGUGUUGUUGGUCAGGAAGUGAUCAAUACAUAAUGACUGGUGCCUAUAAUAACUUUUUUAGAAUGUUUGAUCGAGUUGGUAAACGUGAUGUUACUUUGGAAGCUUCUAAAGAAAUUGCUAAACCCAAAACAAUACUAAAACCUCGAAAGGUUUGUAUUGGAAAUAAACGGAAGAAAGAUGAAAUCAGUGUAGAUUGUCUUGACUUCAACAAAAAAAUUUUACAUACUGCUUGGCAUCCAAAUGAAAACAUUGUUGCUGUUGCAGCCACCAAUAAUUUAUAUUUAUUCCAGGAAAAGUUGUAGCCUUCACUUUGACUACCGCUCUCAUCAUCUUUAAAUGUUUUGACGAGAUGGGAUACCGAUAGCGGAAUAACAAAAUGUAUAAGGAAAUACACUCAACGUUGAGCCAUAUUGGCAAUUGAUGAAAAUGAGAUCUCUUUAUCUUAUUUUCCUCUCACAAUUUAACUGUACAAAGAAAAAAUCAUGGAAUGAAAAAAAAUUUUCUCAAAUUUUUUUUUUUCAAAUUUUAAUAUUUGGCUCGGUUAAAAUUAUUUUAAUUAAAUUUGUUUCCUAAAAAUAAAUUAUAUCAAUUUCUACUUGUACCCAGUUCUUAUGAAAAUUAAUUGCAUUCAUUUUUUUAUUAUAUAUAUUUAUUUAUUUACUGAAUAGAUUAUGUUAACUCAAUUUUUUUUUAGAAGAAGUUCUUAUACUAAAAAAUGAGUAAAUUUUAUAGAAAUAAAUUCUAUCAAAAACAUUAAGUUAAUAUAGUUACGAGCCUAGAUUAUUAAAUUAAAAUAUCAAAAUGAAAAUUGUAUCAGUGAUACCAUGCUAUCAUUUAUAUAUUUAUUUAUUUUUGUGUAAAUACCAUUGUUUUUAUGAUAAAAGUUAAAUGUAAGAUUAAAUUAACAUGAAAAUGAAAAGCAUUCUGAAAUUUGUAACUUAUAGGAAUAGUUUCCUCUCUUUGUUAUAAUAUUUCUAUUGCAUUUCAGUCAUAAACUCCAUUUUGGACAAAUAAAAAUUUGUUAAAAAUCAAAUUAAAUUUAAUACACAUAAAAAUAGUUACAAUAUUUGUAUGAUAACUCUAUGAUAAAAAAGAAGCCUCGCAUCUAUUUUUGUGAUGAGUAAAGAUGGCUAUUGUUAAUAUCUCUUAAUUUUUUUACUAUGCUAAAAUUAUUUUUAUGCCCGUGAAUUUUAUUUUCUGUACUUAUUAAUUGAUGAUAAUAAUAAUUAUAAUAAGUAUUAAUUGACUUAAAUUAGAUUAUUAUAUUAUUCAAGUGCCAGUGUAUGAUAAUUAUUGGGUAUUUUUUUUAUAUAUAAAUAAUACAAUUAAGUUACCACCUUCA